GCAGCUUUAACGGAGAGGAACUGCUGCAAUAACCAGCUUGUCAUUAACUGAGGACUAGGGGAAAGAAAAAUGACCCCACAUCAAACACUCUCUGGAUUAUGAUGGAUAAUUGAAGAGGGUCCAGAUUUUGUAAACUACAGUAUUAGGAGGGACUAAGCUACUGUGGAAAUGGGAAGCAAGGAGAGGUACCACUGGCAAAGCCAGAAUGUCAAACAAAGUGGCGUAGAUGAUAUGGUCUUGUUAUCUAAAAUUACAGAGGAUGCUAUUGUGGAGAACCUCAAGAAGAGAUAUUUAGAUGACUACAUUUUUACAUAUAUAGGUUCUGUCUUAAUCUCAGUCAAUCCAUUCAAGCAGAUGCCCUACUUUACUGAACGGGAAAUUGAACUAUAUCAAGGAGCAGCUCAGUAUGAGAAUCCUCCACAUAUCUAUGCUCUGACGGAUAACAUGUAUAGGAACAUGUUGAUAGAUGGUGAGAACCAGUGUGUCAUUAUCAGUGGAGAAAGUGGAGCAGGAAAAACUGUAGCAGCAAAAUAUAUAAUGGGAUAUAUAUCCAAAGUGUCUGGGGGAGGGAGCAAAGUACAGCAUGUUAAAGAUAUAAUUCUCCAGUCCAACCCUCUACUUGAAGCAUUUGGCAAUGCCAAGACUGUCAGAAACAACAAUUCCAGCCGAUUUGGUAAGUAUUUUGAGAUCCAGUUCAGUCGUGGUGGAGAACCAGAUGGAGGCAAAAUCUCCAACUUCCUCCUGGAGAAAUCCCGAGUGGUCAGUCAAAAUGAAAAUGAGCGCAACUUUCAUGUCUUCUACCAGUUGAUUGAAGGGGCAUCUGAUGAGCAACGACAGAACCUGGGAAUCAUGACGCCAGAUUACUUUUUCUACCUCAACCAAUCAGAAACAUAUAAAGUUGAAGGAACAAAUGAUAAGAAAGAUUUUUAUGAAAUGUUGGAAGCCAUGAUGGUUAUUGGCGUUUCUGCAGAAGAGCAGCAAAUGGUACUGCAGAUAUCAGCUGGCAUAUUGCAUUUGGGAAACAUCAGCUUUCAGGAGCAAGGAAACUACGCAAAAGUAGAAUGUCCUGACUUACUGGAUUUUCCAGCCUACUUGCUGGGUGUACAAAAGGGACGUCUUAAUGACAAGCUCACCAGUCGAAAAAUGGACAGCAAAUGGGGUGGACGUUCUGAAUCAAUCACUGUCACCCUAAAUGUGGAACAGGCUUCCUACACCCGGGAUGCUCUAUCCAAAGCACUUUAUGCAAGGGUCUUUGACUUCCUGGUGGAGUCUAUUAAUAAGGCCAUGCAAAAACCCUAUGAAGAAUACAGCAUCGGGGUGCUGGACAUCUAUGGAUUUGAAAUAUUUCAGAAAAAUGGCUUUGAGCAGUUCUGCAUCAACUUUGUGAAUGAAAAGCUGCAGCAGAUUUUUAUUGAAUUGACUUUAAAAGCUGAGCAGGAAGAGUAUGUGGCUGAAGGUAUAAGGUGGACACCUAUUGAAUAUUUCAACAACAAAAUUGUGUGUGACCUUAUCGAGAACAAGCUGAAUCCACCUGGCAUCAUGAGUGUUCUCGAUGAUGUUUGCGCCACUAUGCAUGCCACAGGUGGUGGGGCAGACCAAACACUCUUACAGAAGCUCCAAGCAGCUGUAGGGACUCACGAACACUUCAGCAACUGGAAUCUGGGUUUUGUCAUUCACCACUAUGCAGGGAAAGUAUCUUAUUAUGUAGAAGGAUUCUGCGAGCGGAAUCGAGACGUUCUGUUCAUUGACCUUAUUGAGCUUAUGCAAAGCAGCGAAUACCAGUUCAUACAGAGUCUAUUCCCAGAAAGACUAGAUUCUGACAAGAAAAGUCGGCCAACCACAGCAGGAUCAAAAAUCAAGAAACAAGCCAAUGACCUAGUAAAUACACUGAUGAAGUGCACACCUCAUUAUAUUCGAUGUAUCAAGCCCAAUGAAACUAAAAAACCUAAAGAUUGGGAAGAGAGCAGAGUCAAACAUCAAGUGGAGUAUCUAGGCCUGAAGGAGAACAUCAGAGUGCGUAGAGCUGGUUUUGCAUAUCGCAGGGUCUUUAAUAAAUUUUUGCAGAGAUACGCUAUCCUCACACAGGAAACAUGGCCAAGGUGGAGAGGGGAUGAACGUCAGGGAGUACAACAUCUUCUGAGAUCUGUGAACAUGGAUUCAGAUCAGUACCAGAUGGGCAAAUCCAAAGUUUUUGUAAAGAAUCCAGAAUCUCUUUUCUUACUGGAGGAAAUGAGGGAGAGAAAAUUUGACACAUUUGCCCGAACUAUACAGAAAGCCUGGCGAAGAUACAUUGCUCGAAGAAAGUAUGAGCAGAUGAGAGAAGAAGCCUCCAACAUUUUAUACGGGUACAAGGAACGCAGGAGAAAUAGCAUUAAUCGCAAUUUUGUUGGAGAUUACCUUGGCAUGGAGGACAGACCUGAACUGCGUCAGUUUAUGACUAAACGAGAAAGAAUAGACUUUGCUGAUUCUGUGAGCAAAUAUGACAGAAGAUUUAAGUCUAUAAAGAGAGACCUAAUCCUUAGUCCAAAAUACCUUUAUUUGAUUGGUCGUGAAAAAGUGAAGAAAGGACCGGAGAAGGGACAAAUCAAGGAAAUACUGAAGAAGAAAGUGGAGAUAAUGAAUAUUCAAAGUAUUUCUCUCAGCACCCGACAAGAUGAUUUCUUUAUCCUGCAAGAAGUGGAUCAUGACACCCUCAUGGAGUCAGUGUUCAAGACAGAGUUUAUUAGCCUGAUGUGCAAGAGAUAUGAAGAAAUCACCAGCAGAAAACUAAGACUUAACUUCACUGACACACUACAGCUGCGGGUGAAGAAGGAAGGUUGGGGAGGUGGUGGAACAAGAAACCUUCAGUUCAUUAGGGGACAAGGAGAGAUUGCCGUGCAGAAAGCAGGAGGCAAGACACUGGUCAUCAGUAUUGGAGAUGGUCUGCCAAAAAAUUCUAAGCCUACCAGAAAGGGUGCCCCACAAUCUCGAGGACACAGAGCCCCUCCAAGUCGCGCUGCCCCUCCACCUCCUUCCUCAGGUUCGUUUAGAAAUGGGGCUCCUCAAUUCCCCAAGGGAACAUCAAGGAACCCAUCUUAUGCUCAGGUCCCCAGACAGCCCAGAGCUCCACCAUCUGCUGCUCUCCCAAAACAAACUGCCCCCCGGAGAAGCCGGGUGCCUUCAGACCACAAUAUGGAUUUUCUCAAUGUUCCAGAUCAAGGUGUAGCAGGGGCACAGAGAAGAAAGAGUGUUACUCAUCGACCCCCACCUGCAGUUGGACGCCCCAAACCUCAAUCCAAGCCAGCAGGGCCACGCUGCAAGGCCAUCUACCAGUACAUUGGCCAGGAUGUGGAUGAGCUCAGCUUUAAUGUUAACGAAGUCAUUGAUAUAAUACUAGAAGAUCCUUCAGGCUGGUGGAAAGGAAGACUGCAUGGAAAGGAAGGAUUAUUCCCAGGCAAUUACGUACAGAAGAUAUGAUUCUAUACAGCGAUAAUAAAAGAUGUCUUAGCAACAUGUAAUCAAAUGUAUAAAUGAUUUUUCUUAAAAACUGCUUUUGGUCAGAUUAAAGAUGUGGAAAUCUCUUGGGGAA